AUGGAUCAUCAUUUGCAUGCCCUGAAGGAUCUCCUCUGCAGCUCAGUUAUUUGCGUCUUCUGUGUGGCGCAAGCUGCUAAACCACGUGUCACGAAUCCCGAACCAUUGCGGUCGUGGGUUCGAAUCCUGUGUGGCACAUGCCCAGACCGCAAGAGCCCCUCCUUCGCCCAGGACCUCCAGAACUACUGCAGCACUGCUGAGUGGCAGCAGUUCUUCCAGAACCACGUGGAGCCCACAAUGCAGCAGUAUGAGCUCGACACUUUUGGAAAGAGUCACGACCUGAUGUCCAACUUUUGGAAUUCCUGCUUUGAUGACCUCAUGAGCACUGCGCAGAAAAGAGACAAGGACCGUUCUGACUGCAAAGCAAAGUUUCAGGAGCUCAUCGUUGACCCGUACCUAAAACGAGUGCGCACCGAGAACAGCCGCUACCACGUUGUGCAGAAGAUGAUUAACGGCCAGCAGGGGAUGGUGUGGAGGCACUGGAAAUCACUGCGUAGAUUACUGAGCAGUGAGAGAGGAGCAUGGGCCCUCAGGGUUCAGCCAGAGGUGAGAUGGAAACUGUCGAGUGCAGAGACGUACUCUAAAAUGCGUCUGAAGCUGGUGCCAAACUACAACUUUGAUUCUCACAGUGAUGCCAGUGCACUGAGAGAUAACAUGGGAGCCGACAGCCCUCGCAGCUCGACCGAACCCCUCCCUCUUGCUGUUGCCAAGGAAGCCAAAGUUAGUGACAUGGAGGACGACAAACUAGAAGAUGAGGAUUUUGUCUUCCUUGAAGAGGCGGAGGAGGGUGAGGAGGAGAGCCAGAAGGAAAAGCUGGUGCUCUCAGAGGAGUGUGAGCUCAUCACUAUUGUUGCCGUGGUACCAGGUCGCCUGGAGGUCACAACACACCACCUGUACUUCUACGAUAACAGCAGUGAGAAAGAGGAGACAGAGGAAGGUAUUGGGUUUGAUUUCAAGAGGUCAUUGUCACAGCUAAGGGAGGUUCACCUGAGGCGAUACAACCUGCGGAGAUCAGCACUAGAGCUGUUCUUCAUUGACCAGGCACACUACUUCAUCAACUUCAGGAAGGGGGUGCGGAACAAAGUCUACUCCAGGAUCCUGGGUCUCAGGCCGCCCAAUCUGUUCUACUUUGGUUCUCGCUCUCCUCAGGAGCUCUUGAAAGCCUCCAACCUGACUCACAGAUGGAUUUACAGAGAGAUCUCCAAUUUUGAAUAUCUGAUGCAGCUCAACACCAUUGCUGGUCGCACAUACAAUGAUCUGUCCCAGUAUCCAGUGUUCCCCUGGGUGUUGUGUGACUACACAUCUGCUGAAUUGGAUCUGGAAGACCAAGCGGUUUUCAGAGAUCUGUCCAAACCCAUUGGUGUUGUCAACUCUCGCCAUGCACAGAACGUCAGGGAGAAGUAUGAGAGUUUUGAGGACCCAACAGGCACUAUCGAUAAGUUCCAUUAUGGCACACACUACUCUAAUGCUGCCGGCGUCAUGCACUACAUGAUCCGCACAGAGCCCUUCACCUCAUUACAUAUACAGCUCCAGAGCGGCAAGUUUGAUUGUGCCGAUAGGCAGUUUCAUUCAGUAGCAGCAGCAUGGCAGGCACGAAUGGAGAGUCCAGCGGAUGUGAAGGAGCUCAUCCCAGAGUUCUUCUACUUCCCAGAGUUCCUGCAGAACUUGAACAAUUUUGAUCUGGGAUGCUUGCAAAUGAAUCAGGAAAUGGUCAAUGAUGUGUUGCUUCCCCCGUGGGCAUCUUCACGUGAAGACUUCAUCAGGAAACACAGAAAAGCCUUGGAGUGUGAGUAUGUGUCUGCUCACCUACAUGAGUGGAUAGAUCUCAUAUUCGGGUUUAAACAGCGAGGACCUGAAGCAGUGGAGGCUCUUAAUGUCUUCUACUACUGCACUUAUGAGGGUGCAGUAGAUCUGGACGCCAUAGCUAAUGAGACCGAGCGCAAGGCCCUGGAAGGCAUCAUCAGCAACUUUGGUCAAACACCCUGUCAGCUUCUCAAGGAGCCUCAUCCUCCCCGUUUGUCAGCAGAGAACGCAUUCAGGCGGCAGGCCCGCCUGGACUUACUUCCCCCCAACCUUUUUGAUCAGCUCAGUAAACUCCGAUCUUUCAAGGAGGUGGUGAGUGAUGGGCUGCCAUUAGUGCAAGCUUUGGUGCCCCGAAAUCAAACCCGCUCCAUUAUCAUCCCAGGUUCUGACAUACUGGUGACGGUGAGUGCUAACGGAAUGAUAGGCACUCAUAGCUGGCUUCCCUACGACAAGAGCAUAGCCAAUUACUUCACCUUCACCAGAGACCCCUCUGUGAGCAACUCAAAGACCCAGCGGUUCCUCAGUGGGCCGCUCUCCCCAGGGGUGGAAAUGGGCUCCCAGGUGCUGGUGGUGUCCAGUGACGGGCGUCUGCUGUUCAGCGGGGGGCACUGGGACUGCAGCCUGCGGGUCACUAUGUUAGGCAAGGCCAAGCUGGUGGGCAGGAUCUGCCGUCACAUAGAUGUAGUCACAUGCCUGGCUUUGGAUCUCUGUGGUAUCUACCUCAUCUCUGGCUCACGGGACACCACAUGCAUGGUGUGGCAGGUCCUACAGCAGGGUGGUUUCUCUAGCGGUCUGUCUCCACGGCCCGUGCAGGUCCUCUGUGGACAUGAUCAAGAGGUCACAUGUGUCGCCCUCAGCACUGAGUUGGAUAUGGCGCUCUCAGGGUCAAAGGAUGGCACAGUAAUCAUGCACAGUGUGCGUCGUGGACAGUACCUGCGGACACUGAGACCACCGUGUGAGAGCUGCGUUCCUGCCCCUGUGGCACACUUGGAGGUCGGCAUGGAGGGGCACAUAGUGGCACAGACUGUUAUGGAGGGCCGCACGGCUGGAAAGGAGAAGUAUGCACUGCAUGUGUAUUCUGUAAAUGGCUCUCUCUUAGCAUCUGAGACCUUGGAUGAGAAGAUUUCAGCUUUGCACCUGGUACCUGACUACCUCAUCGUGGGCACACAACAGGGGAACCUUCACAUUCGAGACUUGUACAGCUUAAAUCUGGCUGUGGCGCCCUUGGCCCUGAAGGUCCCUGUGCGCUGUGUGUCUGUCACGAAAGAGAGCAGUCAUAUCCUGGUGGGCCUAGAGGAUGGCAAACUCAUAGUGGUUGGAGCAGGAAAGCCAGAAGAGGUGCGAUCAGGACAGUUUUCCCGGCGACUGUGGGGCUCCACACGCAGAAUCUCCCAGGUGUCCUCAGGAGAGACCGAAUACAACCCUGUUGAACCUCCUGGUAAAUGAGCUCCUCGUGCCUUCGGCGAACCCUUUGCCUCCACCGUUCUCGCAGCACUCCAAUCAGAGAUUGGGAAGAAGAGAGCAUAAUGGGAACAUCCAAAACAUGCACUUUUUUUAUGAAAAGGGAACAUUCUUGUUGACAAUGCAAUGAUUUAUACUGCUUUUAACAUUCCAAAGAUUUUUGAUCAGGCGAAUCAGGCGGUGAACUUUUUGAGCGUUGGCGGCUGAGACUGAACUUUAACUUUUUAAAAAGCAGUAUGUUCUGUCCUGUGAAUCACAGACUGGUCUGGAGACCGAGGCACUGUGGCUCAGCGUCUCUGUCACUGAGUGACAAACCGUAAUCACCUGAGCCGUAUCUUCCUAUGCUGAUUUUUGCUUCUGCUUUGCUGAUCACGGUCAGCACAGCAGCACUGGUACUCUAUCUGACACUUGAAAAGCUUCGUAUAUUGAGCAAUGUGUAAUCUAUGAAUCAAUCCAGAUUUUUCCAUGGGACAGGCACCAACAGAGAUAUUUUAGCUCUGUGUUUAUAUGUGUUUAUAGGUGUGGGUGUUUGUAUUACUUGCAGAUACUUUGUAUAAUGCAAUAAUUAUGUGACGCCUAAAUUGGAACAAGAUCAUUUCACUCUUGUCCGACGAUGUGUGACGAUUUGAGCCCUAUUGACACUUGAUUCAGUACCACCAGUGCCUUAAAACAGGUAAACAAUAUAAAUCUUCAUAAUUAUGAUUGAUUGUGAAAUUAUAUGUAUUUAAAGGGAUAGCUCACUCGAAAAUUUAAAUUUGUCAUCACUGAGUCUCCCUCAUGUCAUUCCAGCCCUGUAUGACUUUAUUUCUC